AUGGUUAAUCCUUUCGAGGAGAAUGAUCCUUUCUUUGACGCUCUGGAACCUUCGCUCCCUAAUGCUGCAUUCACUAGUGAUAGGACAUCUCCCAGACGACUCUAUCAAAUCGAUAGAGAACAAGAAGAAAAUGAUAAUUCCAGCUUUGGAGGAAUACCCGAAUCUGUUCGCUCGAGCCCCAAUCAUCGCCAAUCACCAAAUAUAUUUACCAGAAGCUCAACCCAUGCUAAACAAUUUGCGGCAAAUAUUUUACAGACCCCCACGCCUUCUUUGAAUUUUGAGACCCAUAAGACUCCAAGAGCAAGAUACACAUUGGACGAAAGUCCCAAGAGGGAAAGACAAGGCGGUAUCAUCAUUUCGGAAGAAGCCUCGCUUCCCAAUGAAUAUGAUGGUUCCCCACAUCGUCUAGAAUUUAGAAGAUCUUUGCAAAGCUCUAACAGAAGUGAGCGACUUUUAGAGCCACCACAACCUAUAUUCUCUAGAGAAACUUUCGUUGAAGCGAAUGAAGCCGGCAUGAAAGAUCAGGCUGAUGAGCAAACGCUUCAUCUGCAUGGCGACUCCGAGUAUGGAUACGACGCCUAUCAGAAAGAGUACGAAGACGUUGAGACUUUCUCUGAUCGUAACACUGUUUACACGUCUGAUUCAUAUGUAACAGGCGUAGAGAGUGAUUACUUCGGAAACUCCCUUGAUAAAGAUAUGAUGAGAAAUGUCUCCGAAAACUAUGUCCCCAAUCGUGAAAAAACUUUGACAAAAAGAAAAGUGAGAUUAGUCGGUGGAAACUCUGGGAACUUAGUACUCGAAAAUCGGAUUCCAGAUGAGUUAAAAAAAGUCCUAACAAGGACAGAAUCACCUUUUGGCGAAUUCACAAAUAUGACCUAUACGGCAUGCACUGCUGAGCCCGACGACUUCGUGAGUGAAGGGUUUACACUAAGAGCAGCAAAGUAUGAAAGAGAAACAGAAAUUGUCAUCUGUGUUACAAUGUACAACGAGGAUGAGCGCUCUUUUGCUAGAACUAUGCAUGGGAUUAUGAAAAAUGUUGCACAUUUAUGUUCCAGAUCCAAGUCUUCAGUAUGGGGAAAGGAUUCCUGGAAGAAAGUACAGGUAAUAAUUGUUGCAGAUGGCAGAAACAAGGUUAGCGAAUCGGUUUUGCAAUUGUUGACCGCUACCGGUUGCUACCAAGAAAACCUUGCAAGGCCAUAUGUAAACAACAAAAAAGUAACUGCUCAUUUGUUCGAAUAUACCACCCAAAUAUCGAUUGAUGAAAACCUUGAAUUUAAGGGAGAUGAAAAAAGCUUAACCCCAGUCCAAGUUUUAUUCUGUUUGAAAGAAAAGAACCAAAAGAAAAUUAAUUCUCAUAGGUGGCUCUUUAAUGCCUUCUGUCCUGUUUUGGAUCCAAAUGUGAUCAUCUUGUUGGACGUGGGCACCAAACCAGAUAAUCAUGCUAUUUACAACUUAUGGAAAGCUUUCGAUAGGGAUUCUAAUGUUGCUGGCGCCGCUGGAGAAAUUACUGCCAUGAAGGGUAAAGGAUGGAUUAAUCUCACAAAUCCAUUGGUCGCUACACAGAACUUCGAGUAUAAAAUGUCCAACAUAUUGGAUAAACCUCUUGAGUCUGUUUUUGGAUACAUAUCGGUUUUACCGGGAGCUCUUUCUGCUUACAGGUACAUCGCUUUGAAAAAUCACGAUGAUGGUACCGGUCCUUUAGCAUCCUACUUCAAAGGUGAAGACUUAUUGACGUCGCAUCAUGAAAAGAAUAGCAAGACAAACUUUUUUGAAGCUAAUAUGUAUCUUGCAGAAGACAGAAUCUUAUGCUGGGAACUUGUUGCUAAGAGAAACGAGAGUUGGGUUCUAAAAUUUGUGAAGCUGGCGACAGGUGAGACUGAUGUACCAGAAACUGUUCCGGAAUUUUUAUCCCAAAGACGAAGGUGGAUAAACGGAGCUUUUUUUGCUGCAUUGUAUUCACUAAGACAUUCGAAUCGAAUUUGGCUCACUGAUCACUCUUUUGCAAGAAAAUUUUGGUUCUGUGUUGAGUUCACUUACCAAUUCAUCAGUUUGCUUAUGUCCUUCUUUUCUUUGAGUAACUUCUAUCUCACAUUCUAUUUCUUGACUGGUUCGUUGAUUCAUAACAAAGGAUUAGGACGCGGAGGUUUCUGGAUUUUCACAAUCUUCAACUAUCUAUGCAUUUGCGUUUUAACUUCAAUUUUCAUUUCAUCCAUUGGCAAUCGCCCCCAAGCGUCUAAAAACAUUUUUAAGUCUUUGAUGAUUUUGCUAAGCGUCUGCUCAUUAUAUGCCCUCAUUGUCGGUCUUUAUUUUGUGAUCCAUACAAUUCAACUAUAUGGAAUGGGCGGAUCAUCAUCGUACGUGCUAGCGAGUAUUGUGGUAUCUUUGUUGGCUACUUACGGACUUUACACGCUUAUGUCCAUUUUGUACUUGGACCCUUGGCACAUGUUUACAUGCUCGUUGCAAUACUUUAUGAUGAUUCCGACUUACACAUGUACGUUGCAGAUAUUUGCAUUCUGCAAUACUCAUGAUGUAUCUUGGGGCACAAAAGGUGAAAAUAAUUCCAAAGAGGACCGUACAAAAUAUGUAAUUCAACAGAACGAAGCAGGUGAAUUUGAAGCAGUUGUUGUUGAUUACAAUAUCGACGAAGUCUAUCUUGAAACAUUAUACAACAUUAGAGCCAAACGGUCGAAUAAUAAGGUCAAGAGGAAUUCAGAGAAAAAAGAAAUUGUUGAUGGAGAAGAUUAUGCUAAGGAUGUACGAACCAAAGUGGUUCUUGUUUGGCUUUUAAGUAAUUUGAUCUUUAUUUUGAUAAUGUUGCAAGUAUACGAUGCUGGUCAAACAAAGAAAAACUACUAUCUUGCAUUCAUUCUUUGGCUUGUUGCAGUUCUUGCCUUCUUCCGUGCAAUAGGGUCGAUGGGAUAUUUACUUCAAAACCUUGCAAGACGACUUGUGGAGGCUAAUAGCAAAUGGAAACAUAAAAGGGAAGGUUAUGCAUACACUAACACUAACCUGCUCAAUUAG